AUGGCAAAGGCCGGCGAGGCCGCCAAGGCGCGCGCUGAGAAGCGCUCCAACGUCAAGCAGAAGAAGAAGUUCGAGAACAAGAACAGCAUCGGCAAGACGCGCCGCAAGGUUGGCUCCGAGGCGCGGUACAUGACCCGCACCGCGGCCGUCAAGAAGCUGCAGGCGCGGGCAGCCCGGCCGCCUCUGGGAGCGGGUGGGGAUGACGCGCUGCCACGGCCGUCUAGCGGUGCGGGCAGCGGCAUUUUUCGUGUUUCGCCAACGGCGGGAUGGGAGCGGAGGGCUGCGGCGACGGGCGGCAACACGACGUACUACUUCGCCAAGGACAUCGCCUUCCUCGCACACGAGCCGCUGCUGCACAAGUUCCGCGAGCAAAAGGCCUGA